AUACUAGUGCUAAAUUGAUGCCGUAAUUUACAUAAUGUGUGAUUAUUAUGUUAGUAUAAAACUGCUAAGCCAGUAAGGGCCUUAAAGCUGGGGAAACAAUAGAAUUCUGAUUACAAUAUUAUACAAUCUGACAGUAAUACUGAAUUUAUUCUUCUUAAUACUGAAUGACUGACAAUUGCUUUUGAUUUUUCAGAAUUUUCUUACAGAUGCAAGUCUCGUGGUGAAAAACAAGACCUUCAAAGUUCAUCGAUUAAUUGUCUCAUCAUUUAGUAAGAAGCUUCAUACAUGUUUCUCAGAUGCAUCAUCACAUGCUGUAAUUCUCAAUGACAUUGACCCAGAUGUAAUGUCAUGUAUUUUAGAUUUUUUCUAUAACAAUCUUGCCAUUGUAAAAGAAAGCAUGCUCAUUAGAUUUAUUGAAGUUGCAAGACAGUUAGAAAUAGAAUGUCUCCAGACUCCAGGACUCUUGAAAUUGGAACAGAAUUUGUUGGCAACUAAUAAAUUCCCAAAGAUUAGUACAGAGAUGUUAAGUAAUACCUCACAAGAGGAAGAAUUGAUGGCUCACCUUCAGUCUUCUAUAACAUGUGUAAAAUUGUAUGAGAAAGAAGAAACUGAAGUCAAAAGCAGUGGAAAUAGUGAUAGAGCCAGUUUUUCCACCAACUCUUUGGAUAAUAGCAGUGAGAAGAACAAGAAUCAUUGCUGCUGUUGUAAAAAUUCAGGUGAAAGCUCACAAGAAAAAGAAAAGAAACCUGAUAAGGAAAAUGAUAGUGAAAAAGAAACCAUAAUUAAAAAACUUAAGAAAUGUGGCACAGUUAUUAGUUCAGGUGGCAUUACUUCAACUUUAUUAGAUGUUCCUGCAUGGCUAUUUUCCAGUACUGAUAUUUCAUUAACACCUGUAAAGUCACACAGCAAAAAUUCUGCCCCUAACAAGAGCUCCCCUUUAAAUAAGAAGAGCCAAAAUCCAGUACCACCACAAUCACCAGUUAGUAAUUCAGAUGACCCUAUUGAAAUUUAUUCAAGCCAUCAAGGCCACUCAAAGUUUUCAGCAACACAUGUUCGAAGAGAUCUUCAAAACUCAUACCAGACUCCAACAAAACAAAAACAAGUUAUAAGUGCACCUUCUUCUAGUAGCAUAAGUGAUUCAGAAAGAGGGGUCACACCUUCAAGUUUUAGAGGGCAAGGUAGACAAUAUAUUGGUUCUUCGAUACAGCAGAGUACUCUUGUGUGUCGAACUGGACCUCUCAAAACAAGCACUCCAGACUCAAAAAGACAGAUUACACGAGAGUGUAUAAGUAACAUAAAAAGAGGUUCUCUACAGACAAGAGGCCGCCCUCUUGCUCUCAAUAGAAUGACGUCUUCUAGAGGUAUAGGUAGAAAAGGCAAGUCUAUCUUGAAUGCUGUCACACCUGUGAGUAACACCACUGCCCCUUCACAAGGGGCACAAAGAAAUACAAUCUUUUGAAUUGCAAGGAACCUCUUGAGAUCCUGGACUCUAAUAAUUUUUUUCAACUUUUAGACAAUGAUGCAGAAGUCAUACAGGAGUCAUCUGAUUUUAAUAUAGCAUUAGAAAAUAAAGGAACAAUUUUUGUAACUCAGCCACAAAACCCACAUACAGAGUUGGAGUCUAAGCAAGAGUUUAUAAAUACAAGACAAGAUAUUUCAACUCUGCCACAGAACCCACAUGCACAGUUGGGGUCUAAGCAAGAGUCCAUAAAUACAAGACAAGAUAUUUCAACUCUGCCACAGAACCCACAUGCACAGUUGGGGUCUAAGCAAGAGUCCAUAAAUACAAGACAAGAUAUUUCAACUCUGCCACAGAACCCACACACACAGUUGGAGUCUAAACAAGAAUCCAUAAAUACAGGACAAAAUAUUUCAACUCUGUCACAGAACCCGCACACACAGUUGGAUAGUUUACCUGGACAAUCAGAGGAUCCACAAGGGUCAGAUAAUACAAAGAAUGAUAUUUCACCAUGGCCACAGGACCAGCCAUCAGUAGAAACAACAGCCAAUGCUACUUUAACAUCUGAAACUCUGGAUACAAAGAUGAUGCCCAAAUUAAAUCUAGAACCUUCUAUGAUACAUGACUUUGAGUUGCCAGAUUUAACCAAGAAUAUUUAUAACCAGAAAUGUAAUAAUGAAGACAAGAAUAGCAGUAAUGAUGCAAAACAGCCUGAUAAUGCUGAUAAACAAGAAUCUCAAAAGCCCAGG